AUGUCAACGAAUAGGACUCCAGAGGAAUAUUAUCCCAAAGACUCGUUCGAGAGAUUUGGUGAUGACUUGUGUCAACUCAUAUUGUCUUAUCUGUCGUUUAAAGAGUGUUUCCAAUUUGAAUGUCUGUCCAAACAAUGGCAGCGAUUAGUGUUCAAGAAUGUGGACAGUCUUAUACUAUCAGACAAACAGCUCCUGAAACUGCCCGUAAGAUUCCGGCGGUUAUUGUCAUCAGUGGUGAGAAAGUGUGCAAACAUUACAUCCAUUGAUAUUGAGAUCAAUUCGGAAGCAACGGAACGGGUGUUUAAAGUAUUCAUGAAUUCAUACAAGAAUUUGAAUGUAAUUCACGUCCGGGGCGAUGAGGACUUGGAUCUCUUGAAAGUGUUUGUCAAUCACUAUAAAUAUGAACUCAAGUCUAUUGAUAUAGACUUCGAUGACUGCGAUACUGAACAAGUGGUCGAUGGGAUGAUAGAGUUAUCAGAUCUGAAUGCCUUAACAAAACUAACUCUACGUAUGAAUUGCGCUAAAAUGAAUGUAAUUGGAGAACCAUUGGGUGGUAUGAAACUGUUGGGCGAUGACUGCAAACACAUCACGCGAUUGUGUUUAAAAUUCUUUGACUCAAUUCACACACAAUUACCACACAUUCAGUCGUUGCAUAUCAGGAAUAAUCUGGUGAUGAGCCCCGGGAUUGAGAAUUGUGCAAACAUGUCUACGAAUAGGACUCAAGAGGAAUAUUAUCCCAAAGACUCGUUGGACAGAUUCGGUGAUGACUUGUGUGGACUCCUAUUGUCUUACCUAUCAUUUGAAGACUGUUUCCGAUUUGAAUGUCUAUCCAAACAGUGGCAGCGAUUAGUGUUCAAGAAUGUGGACACUAUUAUACUAUCUGAGAAACAGCUCAUGCUUUUGCCCAUAAGAUCGCUGCGGUUAUUGUCAUUAGUGGUGAGAAAGUGUACAAACAUUACAUCCAUUGAUAUUGAGAUCUAUUCGGAAACAACGGAACGAAUCGCUGCGGUUAUUGUCAUUAGUGGUGAGAAAGUGUACAAACAUUACAUCCAUUGAUAUUGAGAU